GUAGUAGUGGGUGAGCCCAGUGCGCAUGCGUCCCGCAUCUCUGUUUCUCUUUUAUUUCUGUCAAUGCGCCAGACAGAGACAGCGCCAGUCCAGUGCGAACGCGAGCAGCAAAAUGGACGCCUUUGUGUCGGUUUUCUUCGUAGCUGCACUAUAAAUAGUGCCUCCUGGUGCAGGAGCCUGGCCGGCGGCCCACAAAGACUCCAAGGACACGCUAGCGAGCCCCAGCCGAGGAGCAGCUGAAUACGAGGAGAGACGGAGCGCUCUUGGAGGCGGAUAACAGCGCGCGUUACUAACACGCCAGCCGCCAGCCACCGCUAUAGACCAUUAUACAUUGCGCUACACCAACACAGCUGCACCUCGCUGCUCUCGCGUAUAUACACAUCUACGAUCCCGCCAAGCAAAACAUCUUUUAUAUUUCCAACAUUCGCUUCGCCGAGCCCACCCCGGACGAUACCCGCCGACGAAUUCACUCCUUACUGGUUACUGACUUUCAAUCAACUAUGAAUACUCUACUUCAAGACCCUAGAGCUUCUUCAAAGUUUGGCUAAUGACUGCCAAAACAUCAUGGGAACUUGAGUUUAAAAAACUGUUGCUAGCGCCUUAGUGGUGGUACUUACUAAACGUUUGUUAAGUGUAAUCAGUGUACAGUUUCUCUUUGUGUUUCCUUAAACAAGUUUUGUGAUCAAACAUUUGAUCUGUGCUUCAGUGAUGCAAUGAAAAUAAGUGUGGUUAGUCAUUACAGUGCACCUAGACACUCAGUAUUGUAACCAAAAAAGUUCAACCGUUAAUUUAAGCUGUGAGAAUCUGAUAAGUAUACAUUCAAGCUUACACUAUCAGAUGCCAGAACAAAUCAAAGUCAAAAUGAACGGGGUAGUACCAAAUGUACCAAUUACUACUCUUGCAGGCAUUGCAAGCCUGUCGGAUUUGUUGCCAGAGAUGCCUCUGCCAACUCCUUUACCUCAAACUUUGUCCAAUAAAUCUCUUCUAUUUCAUCCAAGGGUAACUGAAGAGGCCAAGAUUUUACUUAGUAUGCAAGAUGAUAAUCUGAUACCGCAGCUUAUCAUGUCAAUCUCGCAAACAUCAUCUGAGCAUAUUGAAUUGAAAGAUCAGUAUGCGCAUUUAGAGCAACCUUUGGAAGCGCAGCAAAAUCAUCCAGAAUUAUUAAAAGCAAUUUUAAAAACUAAUCCUAAUGUUUUUAAAGGGAACAAAUAUGGUUCUGCACAAAUUUGGCCCCAACAGCAAUUAAGCUGCAGUUAUGAAGGAUUUUCCCCAUCUUACUCAAAUUCAUCAGGAUCUAGGCAAACACCACAAGGUAGUCCUGCUCACAUGGCAGUAGGACGUUCAAUGAUACCUGGUGGUAUACCACUUGCGCAACAUCCUGGGAUGCCAGUUGCUCCCCAGAAUCAUACAGACGUUACUCAAAGUAGUCCUUUUACUGUGCCUUCGCCAUCUUCUCGUGCAACAGUCAUUACUGAGCAAACUAGAACAUCUACUACUCCACAACAUUUAAUUGAUGAAACUCAAUAUUCUAAUAAUGUAGCAGCUCAAUUUAAUAUGCAGUCUCCAGCACAUUUGAAUAUGGCUAGCCCAGUUGUAUCGUCUCUUGGUAAUGUCACUCCGCAACAUCAUAUGAUCAGUAGUACUGGAAUGAGCUCUCAUCAAAAUAUGCAUAUGACGACAACUGCAGACAAUAGUGACCAACUGUCUCAACAAAUGCAAGCACAUCACCACCCUCUACACCAACCUCAUCAAAUGCAUCAGCCCCAAAUGGCUGUUCAUCAACAAAUGUUUGAUCCAAUGGUUGGUAGACAAGUUCAUCAACCUCAGAUACCUCAAACAAUGGAUAUUGAUCAUACCAUUGGACAUGAUUAUCAGCAAAAUAUUCUGGAUCAGGUUGCUGGUCUUUCUGAAAUGUUGGACGCUGUUCCCCCUAUGACAUCGGCACAACCCAAUGUGUUUGAUAGUGUAAAUACUAACUCAAAUAUAGGUAAUCCAAUGAUGUCUUUACCACAAUCUGGAUCAUAUUCUACACAUCAACCAGAUAUAACAUAUGAUCCAUCGAUGGCGCAACACUUAUUGCAAAUGCCUUAUGGAGGACAGCAACAGGUUGAUCUCGCACCAUCAGAACAUUUGUUACAGCAGCCAAUGCAACCACAAGUACAACAACCCCAAGUACAGCCACAAGUGAACAUGUUUGAGAAAGAAAAAAUUUCUUUAAAAGAACCUGUCAUUAUGCUUAACAGAUCAUUGGCUGAUCAAGCAUUGAUGAAAAAAGCUCUAGAUGCAUCUCCUCAUAAAUCAUCAGGUAGAACAACACGAAAUAGAGAAAGUAUGUCUUCUAAAAGUGUGGAUAAUAAAUCAAUCAAAUCUGAAUCAGAUAGCGAUGAAGACUAUAAUAGUAAAAGCAACAAAUACUUUAAAUCUAAGUCAAAAGAUAAAGAAAAAUCAGAUAAAAAAGAAAAACGUACUUCAUCAGCUAGAAGAAAACGAACACUUGAAUCCAGUGAUGAAGAUGAUAAAAAGAAUGAGACUGUUUCACCAGUUAAACCAAAAAUUCGAAAAAUUGAAAUGAAACUUAUCCCUGUUUUACCCAAGCUCAGUGUCGAAGAGCUAAUGGAAACAAAUACUUUUCAACGAUUUAACUCAUUGGUUGAAACAAUAUUUGAUAAUACAGAAGAAGCAGCCUUUGAAGAGAUCGAAGAAGAUGGUGAUGUUCCACAGGAAUUGCUCAUUCCUGACCAUCAAUUACAAACAUUAUGUUCCGAAGCAGCAAAAUUGAAAUCACUGGCUGCCAUGGAAUCGGUACCUGCUGAAAAACUAGUUAGGCUAUUGAAUAUCUUAGAAAAAAAUAUUCGCGACGGAGCUCGAGUUUCGCCAUUGGCGGAUCCAGAUGACGAUGUCGAGCAAAGCCGAAUGUGGAUGCAGAUAGCAAUGAGCAGAGUGCAACAAGCCGUCGAUGCCUCUCUAGUUUGCUUACAUAUUAUGACAUCGAGUAACAUGCCAAAAGCAAUUUAUUUGGAAGACGUGAUCGAUCGAAUAAUUGUUUUUGUCAAAUUUCAAUUACAAAAUACUAUUUAUCCAUCCUAUGAUCCAGUUUACCGAGUGGAAUCGAAAAGCAAAAACGAGUCGCUGCUUUCAAGCGCGAAAAAGAAACGCAGCCACGCUAAAGAAGUCCGAGAGAAAAAUUUAGUUAUGGUCUAUAGUAAACUACAUGAGUUGGUUGGGCUUCUAGCAGAGCUCCUAGGUAUACAGAUUUUAACGGACACCAGCGUGUUGCACGCCUCGACGAUGGGUGUUGCUCCCUUUUUCGUUGAGAACGUCAGCGAUCUACAGCUCUCGGCUUUGAAGCUAGUGACGGUAAUCUUCACCAAAUAUGAAAAGCACCGGCGUUUAUUGCUCGAAGAUAUUCUAGCGAGUAUAGCAAGGCUACCAAGUAGUAAACGAAGUCUGCGCACCUACAAGCUCAGUACAGAUGAACAUAUCCAGAUGCUGACUGCACUUGUACUUCAGCUCAUCCAAUGCGUUGUCGUUCUUCCAGAAACGGGAAUACGCGGUACGGGAGAAAAAUUAUCGAAAGAAGAAAAAGAAUCGGGUCUGAUGAACAAUGUCGACAUCGAUCUGCUAAUAUUGAACAAGUACGACGCAGCGCAAGGAAUUGCCGGCAACUUUCUCGGGGCCUUUCUGAAAAAGUGCAGCAACAAAGGCGAAGAAGUCGACUACCGUCCUCUUUUCGAAAAUUUCGUCCAAGAUCUGUUGGCUACGGUGAACAAACCUGAAUGGCCAGCGGCAGAGCUGAUGCUUAGCUUGCUGGGAAAACUGCUGGUCAGCCACUUCAGCAACAAAAGUUCAGACAUGGCGAUACGCAUAGCCAGCAUAGAGUACCUUGGUGUCGUUGCAGCUCGUUUGCGAAAAGAUGCUGUCAAUUCGCAUUGUAAGAUCGAUACCAUCGAUCAAAUUAUCAAAGACAUCAAGCAAGAACAGGAUCGCGACUCCGAUUACGAUAGCGUAAAAGAUACCGCCAUCAAAGGACUCAACGAAGAAGAGGAGCGCGUCGUCUUUCUGCAAAAGGUUCUUCUAGAUUAUCUUGCUGUUAAUGGUACGAGAGAUUCAGGCUUGGCUUACGCUCGCCACUUCUAUCUUGUUCAGUGGUACAAAGAUUUAGCUGUCGACAAGCAACGCAUUGGACAAUCCAACAAGAACAUAAGCACUCCCAGUAAAAAGAGUCCAAGCAAAAGUAGUAGCAGCAGCAAGCAUAAAAAGAACAAAAGUCGCAGUCGUCAUAAAAUGAGCGACGAUGAUAGCGACGAUGACCACGAUGAUGAUCAGGAUGGUGACGAAGAUCAAGAGAGCAAAGAACAAAAGUACGCCGAGAUUUAUCGGAUAAUUGAAGACAAAAAGCGGCUCAUAAUUCGUAAAAUUAGACCGUGCAGUACGAGCACAAAAUCUGACAACUUACAGACGUACAUAGACUCCAGUUCGGCAGAGCUUAUUUCGCAAUAUUUAGCCUCAACGCGCCCUUUCUCACAAUCUUUUGAUAUUUAUCUUCAACAGAUCUUGCGGGUACUCACUGAGAAUUCAAUAGCUAUUCGAACGAAGGCAAUGAAGUGCUUGACAAUGAUCGUCGAGGCUGAUCCAAGUGUGUUGGCUCGCGUCGACAUGCAACUGGGUGUCAAGCAUUCUUUCCUCGAUCACUCUACGUCUGUACGCGAAGCAGCUGUAGAUCUCGUUGGGAAGUUUGUAUUGAGUAAACGCGAGCUCAUUGACAAGUACUACGACAAACUAGUGGCACGAAUUCUCGACACGGGCGUUAGCGUUCGUAAGCGUGUCAUUAAGAUUCUCAAGGACAUCUGUAUGGAGUAUCCUGAUUAUGAAAAAAUUCCCGAGAUCUGCGUGAAAAUGAUCAGGCGCGUCAAUGACGAAGAAGGAAUUCGCAAGCUAGUUAUGGAGGUCUUCCAAAACAUGUGGUUCACGCCAGUCCGCGAUCGUGACGCCAAAGCUCUGCUACGCAAAGUUAUGAACAUCACUGAUGUCGUUGCUGCCUGCAAGGACAUGGGUUUGGAGUGGUUCGAACAGUUGCUCGUUAGCUUAUUUAAGCCCAAGGAAGAUAAAGAGGAUAGCACCAAGUUACAAACGGAGCCACCGAAAGCGCUUGUUACCGCUUGCACGCAAAUCGUUGACUGCCUCAUCGAAAAUGUAUUGAGACUCGAGGAAACCAAUCUCAAUAACGGGCCCGUUUCUAACGACGCAGAAACACCGAAACGCGGCGCUUCUCAGCGUCUUGUCGCUUGUCUAACCACCCUCUACCUCUUCGCCAAAAUUCGGCCACAGCUUCUGGUUGGCCAUGCUAUAACUCUGCAACCUUAUCUUAGUUUAAAAUGUCAAACACAAGGCGAUUAUCAGAUAAUUAGUAGCGUAGCUCACACGCUCGAGUUGGUUGUACCUUUGAUGGAGCAUCCUAGUGAGACGUUCUUAGCCCAGCUGGAGGAAGAUUCCGUUAAACUAAUUUUGCAGCACGAUCGUUCGGUCGUAGCCAGCUGCCUAUCUUGUCUCGGCUCGAUCGUAAACAAUGUAACCCGUAACUUCAAACUAAUUCGCGACUGUUUCAAUAAGUAUUACGGGCACAUUGCUCAUUAUAAAUCAUUUUACGAAAAAGAUCCAAAGAAUCCUUCACUAGCCAAAGUCAAGCCACUUUUUCGCCGUGCUCUCUUCACCGUGGGUCUGCUUCUGCGACACUUUGACUUCACGGAUCAUCAAGUGAUCGAUGGCUUGCCCGAAAACAUCAAAGAUCAGGUAUUCGAAACAUUAAGCUACUUCGUCGAGCAAGAAAAUGACGAUACACGCCAAUUCACGUUAUCUGCUAUUGGCUCGCUUUGCAUACGGCACUGUGACUUCAUGAUGUUGCCUCAAUUAGAAGAACUGUACCAUUACUUCCUCACGUCGGAAGUCGCACCUGUACCCAUGAGAGUUCAGGUUCUCAACAACAUCGAGCUUUAUUUGGCUGAAGAAGAAAAACGCAUGAUUCGGCAAGAUCUCGAGUGGGCAAAAUUAUCGAAGCAAGAAAAUCUUAAAGAGAUGGGUGAUGUCUCUUCGGGGAUGGCCAGUGCUGUUAUUCAACGUUAUCUUACUCAAAUUCUCGAAUCCUAUCUUCACAGCAACAUAAAUGUGCGUCAUGCGGCACUGAAGGUUGUUCAACUUGUGUUAGCCCAAGGUUUGGUGCACCCAGUAGCUAUUGUACCUUACCUUAUAUGCAUGAGUACUGAUUGUGAGAAAUCGCUCAGCCAUAGCGCUGACAAACAGCUACAGGACAUCGAAAAAAAAUAUCCUGGUUUCGUUCACACGAAAGCUCAAGUAGGUAUCCGCUUGAGUUACCGUCUCCAGCAGAUACUGCAAAAAGAUUUGAUACUCGUUCGUGGCAUGCGCAUCAAAGAGGGAGAGUAUCCCUCAGCUCUCAAUGGAUUUCUUUAUAGCAUAUUACGUGGUACCAAACAGCAACGUCGAGCCAUUGUUCAGUCAAUUUUGAAGCAAUUUGACGAAAGUGUCAAAACCAGUCUUUCGCAGAUGCUUUACCUUGCAGAUAACUUAGCCUACUUUAGCUAUCAAGUACAAGACGAACCGCUAUUCAUAAUUCAUCACAUCGACAUUAUAAUUUCUAUGUCUGGAAUGAAUCUACUUCAACAAUUUAAAGAAGCACUGAUACCAAAAAAUAAUCAAGUGCUUGGUAAUCAAACGACUCAUCUUCAGCUACCUCAAGAGAUUCCUCUAGAGCAGCAACAGUUGCUGCACCAAAUUGAACAAAUCCAACAAAUGUACCCACAGGGAGAUGGUUUGAAUAUAGCUGGACAAGUAGCAGGUAUCACUCAUCCAACGGCAAGUGCCAUUCCCAGUCAAGUAGCUGGCAUAGCACCGGAUCAGCUUAAUUCUGCAGCGUCUAUGCCACCUAACCAACCUACACAACCGGCUAUGCAACGUUUCAAUCCAGAUGGAACACCUAAACCCGAACAAAUGUUAUCUGUUGCACUCGAAGACGAAGAAGAUGAUGAAGAAGAUGAGGAUUCGGUGCUUGAUCGAGUCCCUCACGAUACGCGGCAACUUCGUGGCUACAUAACUGCUAGUCAAGGAUUUUUAUUACUUUUAAAUUUACGCCAACAUCUUAAAGAUUUGUACGGGUUUAGUGACGCAAAAAUUAGCCAAUAUUCACCGAUAGAAUCGGCUAAAAUUUAUGAAAAAGCUGUUAGUCGUAAAAAUAAUCAGUUGUUCAAACCUAAAAACACUUUGGAAAGAAUUGCAGGUGACAAGCAAAAAACUGAGGAUAAAGAGCUCGAUGACGAAGGCCGACGUCUACUCGUUAAAGAGUAUCUCAACUUUAAACAGCUCAUGCUUAAAUUUGAUCCUGAUGAUCCUGAAGAUGAUGAUGAUAACGAUGAUGGUACCGGCAAGUCACCUAGGAAAAGUCGACAAAGCCACCAUGGAAAUCCUGGAUCCUCCGAGGUGGUUAGUGAGCCGGUACAGUAUCAAGUGCACCAGGUACUCGAACAGCAAAAUCACUCCACGGCCCCAACUCAAGGACCACCGCGUGUACCAAAACUUACCAUUCAUGCAACGCAUCAUCAUUCGCCUGAAAAAGAACAUCGUAGUAAGCACCGAACCAGCCACAAAACGGAAAAACCGAAAAAACAUAAGAAAAAGAAACGGAGACGAAUAUCCGAUAGCAGUGACAGUGGAGACGACUACAGCGACCCAGAUUUCGCAGUAUAUCCAAGGAAACGAGAAAAUCGUUGUAAGAAAAUGCGGUUGUGAGAUAAUGGAAAAGUGAAAACAAAAGUGACAUCAAUAGGCGGCAUUUCUGGAUAAACGUUAACAUUCAUUUACUCUUACUUAUCGUGUACAUCGUUUUGAAAUUUAUUGAAAAAAAGAGUUAAAAAUAAAUAAAAUAAACAUAGAAAAA